AAGGUCAUCGGAGCGGUGUGGAGAUUCCUUCUCUUUUGGAAUGAUUUUCUAUUAAAUACGAUGUGACAUUGGAGAUAGUUACCACAAAGGGAUCUGUCCAGAUAACAGAAAAAGGAAAUUUUUUGAACUCUUAGGUGGCUACAUGAGCCGUGUUUAGGUGAAUGUGGUCAGGGUCUAGGUGUUUGAUGCAUAUCCAGUCUGCUCAGACGUGCGAUGAAAUACUCAUACAUAGGCAAACAUAUAUUUACAGGAGAAUCUGUCUACCAAUACAACAAACUCCGUCAAUGACACACUGAUAAUGCUGAGUAUUCGUCUUUAUCGACAUUAUCUAUAAAACUGAACCCGCAAGGCGUUUCCCCUUCAACUAACCACAAAGAACCGCAGACUGAACAUACUUAUAGGCAUUGAAUAUUAUGUAGGCACACAGUGAAAGGCCGUUCCGACUUAUUCUGUGAAAAUGUAAAAACGCCUAUAAACAAAACCAAAGAUUACAACUUAAUCAAACUGGAAAAUUUAAUUACCACACAGACUGAUAGCACUGUGACAUUGAUCGUUUCGGCGACAAAGCAAAGUCGAAAGCCCUGGAAAGCAGCCACUUCGCGGUCGUGUAAGUUCUAUUGUGCUCGGUUGUUCCUACAGUGUCAAGUUGUCAUUUCAGCCUCAGCACCACCGUUUAUCAUCUGAUUACAUGCCCUUUGAAUGUAUAAGAAUGACUAAGAAGAAAAACUAAAUAAAUAGUUCUAAACUGAGAUCUAAAUAAUACGUAGAACGUCUGUCUGUAAAUUUUGCGAUCGUGAACUGGUUUAAUCAGAGUAUUCUUGAAUGAAUUUCCACCACAGAUAAAACACAAUCUCCCUGUUUUCAGAGUUAAUUGUAACAUUUUAGACUAAUUCAUCGAGCAUUUAAAAGGAACAUCCUAGCCUGGCGAAUCAUGACUUGCAGAAUUGUUGCUAUUAAAAACAUUUUUAAUGAAAACACGUAUAUUCGGAUUACAUAAAGGCAUUCAUAUAUAUGUUUUGUGGUCUUUAGGGACAGACAGUGCUAUUUUAUACAUACUGUAGGCACUGUACAUGUAUAACUGUAGCCACCUUUUACAAAGAAUAAAGGCAUCUAUGCCAAUCGAGGUAUCGCAUGGUUGAGCAUCUGUGUCGAUCUAAUAAUCACGAGGUUUAGUAUUAAAUGAAAGGGAAAUCUUUAAUGUGAGUGUGUGAUUAUUUUGUUUUUUGUUUUUUGUAAGUAAAAAAUUCAAUGUUUUGACCGUAUGUAUGUCACAGGCUAUGCUUUUGUGUUUAGCUCAUUAAUUGCGGGGGUAGAUUUGACACACAUACAAUCAACUAAUAUACAAAUUCUAAAUUCAAGAAUAAGUUUUAAUUUCAUGUUGUUGUCAGGAUGUGACAAUAGAGUUAAUUACCAGAAAAUGGAGAUGCACUGUAGAUGAAAUCCACGAUCAACAUGCAUGACAGAAUUUGGAAGGUUAAAUACUUUAUUUUGACAGAAUACAAUUCAAUUUGAUAAAGAUUCAAACUUUUGGUAGCAAAGUAAGACGACUUACUAAGGUGCAAGUUAGACCCUACCAGUAAACAGUGCAUAAAUUUAGACCUACUGUACUUAAUACCUCAAACAUACAUAUACCUACUUUACACUGUACUAUGGGCAAUGUAUUGCAACAGCAGACAAAGAGAGUAGAGGCAGACAGAAUAGUUAUAACUUUCAUUCUAUAAUACAUUUAUAUGUGCGUUGUAUUUCUAACUUUUCCCAAAGGAAAAACGAUAUGUUGGUUGGAAGUGCUAAAUGCUUAUUAGUGGCGCAUUAAUCCCAUAUGUUUAAACCAUUGUAAAAUUUCAAGACAAACAAGCUUGUUUUGCACAUAGCAGAGAUAAGGCUGUCAUUGUAAGGUACCGAAAGGCAUUGUAAUCUUUGCUAAUGAUACGUAUGCUGAUAAUUCAGCUAAUUCAACAGUAGUUUUACCAUUAAUUAUUUAUUUCAACCAAUAUUUCUUCGAAUGGCAGACUGGUAUUAAGUGACGUCACAUCGGCGGUAAGCAGCAGAAUGUUCUUAAGAGUCGGACUCUAUGGUGAAUGGUGCAGAAUCCGUUACAGGCUGUUUCACGAUAUAGGUAUAAGUGUACAAGUAGUGAGAUUAAAAUGUUAGUACCAAACUCAGACAGUUUUUAUAUUUGUUAAUAGCAGAUAUCUGGUAGAUUUAGAUACAUAUUUCUUCGCCGAGAUGUUUCACAUAAGAGUCGGGUCUUGCCUCUUGUCUUCGUUCAAAGUUUCCGUGAUGUUUUAGCAUGUAAUUAAACAUAUUAAGUGACGGUAUAAACCUCGAUCAUAAGGCUGGUAUCAACGACUUAGAGGCCAUACAGCCUGAAACGCUCUCCACACAACACUUAUCAGUCCCCAGCUUAUAGAUAUGCAGAUCAUCUAUCUGUUGUGGUUUAUGAACCUUUGGGGAUACGUGGAAGAGACAGGUUUCUUAGACUCUUAGAAGAGACAGGGUAGGUUUUGCCUGUGGACAAAGGCUUGUAGGCGAUCCAUGGCAUUUUGUCACGGAUGUUUGAUUGGUCGCAGGGAGGUAAACAGUUAUGCUGCUGACUGACUCGUCAAAUGAAUAUACUUCAUAUACUAGCUCUCAACACCCCACACGCAUUAAACAUUGACGAUGGCCGCAGCAACUUUUCGGAUUACGUUAUUACUUAAUUGUUAGUAUGUUUUUUAGUAAACUAUCGCCGGUCCUUCGAGCGAGACUGGGUUACUACUUAUAUGCAUUAUCCUAAUUCCAUGCGCUUGUACAGGAUUAAGAAGCUCACAAGGACUGUCACAGACACCAAUGACGUACGACUACCAUGUAAUACGAGCACCAUCGGAAAUUCAAAGGAGAUACAAACUCAACCUUCAACAACAGCAGUCAACGAGUCGAGUAUAUCCAAUGGUACUGCCGAUCUGCAAGGUCAGCAAGAUGGACAACCGUCAUCCGGGCAAAUGGCUGGUUUCAUCAUCGGGGUCAUCGCCAUAGUAACCGUUGUGGUUGUUAUCGUCGUUGUUGCUGUUAAGUUUAUCCGACGAAGAAGACAGAGAAAACAAAGCCCUUUCUCCGGGAAAUCAAACAAACAAACACCUUCGCCGUCCGAAAAUUCUGCUGGAGCGGAUGUUUACUAUGAGUCACCGGAAGUGAUCAGAGAACGGAAGCGAAGGCAGCGAGAGGCCAAUCAAGAUGCAGCCAACUUAUCAUACAAUAAAAAUGAGUCUGAUGGUCACGUGACUGGCCUAGACCAGACCGUGUACUCUUACAAUCACUUGCGGGAAGCCGAUAACCUACAAAGCGGUGGUGAAUUGGCCACGAAUACAUACGGGCAUCUCCAAGAUUUCCACGAGACACAGACUGAAAACGAGACCAGUGAUUAUUACAACUUGGAAGCUACAGCCACUUCCGCUGAUGUGCGCGCAGGUCAAAAUACGAAGUAUGACAAUCUCAGUCAUCAGAAAGUCACAGGACAGAGUGGUUCAAUUGGCGUGACACGAGCCGACUAUGAUCACGUUUACAUUGACCAUGACACGGCAGUCUAA